UUUAUUUUACAACUUAUACUUCUUUUCAUUAUAUAAAGAACUAUCCAAGAGAGAUCCAAUACAAGGUCAGUGACCUUUUAGUGAGAGUGCAGAGUGGAAAGAGAAAAUGGCUGCCAAAGCUCUCUUCUUCUUUGCUUUGUUGUUCUUCUCAGCUGUGUCUUUUAGGCCAGCUUUUGCAGAGGAAAAUGAGGAAGACCCAGGUCUUGUUAUGAACUUUUACAAGGACACUUGUCCUCAAGCUGAAGACGUUAUAAAGGAACAAGUUAGACUUCUUUACAAGAGACACAAGAACACUGCAUUUUCAUGGCUGAGAAACAUCUUCCAUGACUGUGCUGUUGAAUCAUGUGAUGCUUCACUGCUGCUGGACUCGACGAGGAGGACCUUGUCUGAGAAGGAGACUGACAGGAGCUUUGGUUUAAGGAACUUUAGGUACCUCGACACCAUCAAAGAAGCUGUAGAAAGAGAAUGUCCCGGAGUUGUUUCCUGUGCGGAUAUCCUUGUGUUGUCUGCUAGAGAGGGCAUUGUCUCGCUAGGAGGUCCUUACAUCCCUCUAAAAACUGGAAGAAGAGAUGGAAGAAAGAGCAGAGCAGAUGUUCUUGAGCAAUACCUCCCAGACCACAAUGAGAGCAUCUCUGUCGUUCUUGAGAGGUUUUCUGCCAUGGGUAUUGACACACCAGGAGUCGUUGCCUUGCUAGGAGCUCAUAGUGUGGGUAGAACUCACUGUGUGAAGCUGGUGCACCGUCUCUACCCAGAGGUUGAUCCAGUUCUAAACCCUAACCAUGUUGAGCACAUGCUCUACAAGUGCCCUGAUGCAAUCCCAGACCCUAAAGCAGUGCAAUAUGUCAGAAAUGACCGUGGCACACCCAUGAUUCUUGACAAUAACUACUACAGAAAUAUAUUGGACAACAAGGGCUUGUUGAUAGUUGAUCACCAACUAGCUACAGACAAGAGGACAAAGCCUUAUGUCAAGAAAAUGGCCAAGAGCCAGGAGUAUUUCUUUAAGGAAUUUUCUAGGGCUAUCACCAUUCUUUCUGAGAACAACCCGCUCACUGGUACUAAAGGUGAGAUCAGAAAGCAGUGCAAUGUUGCUAACAAGCACCACUAGAAGCUUUAAUUACUUGUCUAGCUCUCAACUUCUCUUCCUUCUCCAUUUGAAGAAGAAAAAGGGUGAGAUUUGAAGAAUAAUAUGCCUUUUCUAGAUGGGCUUGCUUUGGAAUUGAGCACUUGUUAGUACUAGUGAGUGAUGAAUGUUUGAUUACUUUGCAGUGUUUCUAGCCUAACUAGAAUUUGCUUCUCUUGCUUUGAUGUUGGCGAUGGUAGUGGGAGAGAAUGUUGAAUUGUAUGUAUGUAUGGUUGUAUGCAAGGAUGGAUGGUGUAUGUAUGGUGCAUGUAUUACAACGAUGAUAUGAUUCAUGCCUUCAAGCUUCUUUCUCAUCAUGAUGUCAUCAUGAUGCCUGCAUGUAUGAUGUUUAAGAUAAAUGAAAGAUAUAAGGGCCAUAUUUAGAUAAAAA